GAGAGAGACAGAGAGAGAGAGAGAAAGAGAGAGACUGUAUUCCCUGAUGAAAGAGAAAGAGAAGAAAAAAAUGGCAAUGACCAUGGAUCAAGUAGAAGAAGAUCAAAUGAUACUGCUCUCUCAAUACUACUCAGACAUAUGCACCCAAAUGCCACAAGGAGAGAUGAAGCCACGACGGAGGAAGAAGGUGAAAGGAGACACCGUGGAUGAUGGAUCAAAGAAGAGGAAGCUGAGUGCUGAGCAAGUGAAUUUCUUGGAGAUGAACUUUGGGUCCGAGCACAAGCUGGAAUCUGCGAGGAAGGACCGUCUCGCUACCGAGCUGGGGCUCGACCCUCGGCAGGUGGCGGUGUGGUUCCAGAACCGGAGGGUGCGCUGGAAGAGCAAACAGCUUGAAGAGGAAUAUAUGAAGUUAAAGACGGUGCAUGAAGCCUCUAUUGUUGAGAAAUGCAAGCUCGAAGAUGAGGUAUUGAAGCUUAGGGAGCGACUCUCAGAAGCUGAGAAGGAAGUAAGGAAGCUUUCAGAGCGUUGCGAUGGAGUUUCGGAAGGUGAAAGAAGCUGUAGCCCAAGCUCUUCGUUCUCCAUGGAUGCACGUCAGCCUUUUCUUGGAGAUUUUGGAGAUAAUUCCUUGUACACACCUGAAUCUAAUUACUAUUAUAUCAACGGUCUGAAUGAAUGGAUGGAUUUGUACGGUGUAUGAUUAUCUGACUUGCCAAUGUAAAUAUCAUCCAUGUAAAUUAUCAUCUUUUCCAAUGAUAUUGUAUUCUAAUUAUAAAUAAAAUCUUCCUUUUUUUAA